UGCUCAGGUUUUGUUGAGAGGUGGGAGAUUGGGGCGAUUUAUUUUUUUUAGGGUUGUGAAAUUGCAGCAGUGUCUGUGUCCUCCUGUGUGAUCGAGCCGGGAAAAUGGAGGCUGUGAUAGAGAAGGAAUGUAGUGCGCUUGGAGGGCUCUUCCAGACCAUCAUAAGCGACAUGAAGGGAAGUUACCCAGUUUGGGAAGAUUUUAUAAACAAAGCUGGGAAACUGCAGUCUCAGCUAAGGACUACAGUAGUAGCAGCUGCUGCCUUUUUGGACGCCUUUCAGAAAGUGGCUGACAUGGCUACUAACACACGUGGUGGUACCAGAGAAAUUGGGUCUGCCCUGACGAGAAUGUGCAUGAGACACAGAAGUAUAGAGUCCAAACUCAGGCAGUUUUCAAGUGCUUUAAUUGACUGUCUGAUAAACCCACUUCAAGAACAGAUGGAAGAGUGGAAGAAAGUGGCCAAUCAACUGGAUAAAGACCAUGCAAAAGAGUACAAAAAAGCCCGCCAAGAGAUAAAAAAGAAGUCGUCAGACACGCUGAAACUGCAGAAGAAAGCAAAGAAAGCUGAGGCUCUGGGGUGUGAGUCAUGUGCUUCAUCCCAACCUAGCGGUUCUCUGUCUCCAAGCAUGGCUCCUGGGUGGUUCACGGGAUUAGAAUCCACCUCCUCGACAGGGAGAGGAGACAUCCAGCCCCAGUUGGACAGUGCAUUACAAGAUGUCAAUGAUAAGUACCUGCUGCUUGAAGAAACUGAGAAGCAGGCUGUUAGAAAGGCCCUCAUUGAAGAACGCAGUCGCUUCUGUACUUUUAUCUCGAUGCUACGGCCUGUGAUAGAAGAAGAAAUAUCAAUGCUAGGAGAAAUAACGCAUCUACAAACCAUAUCAGAUGACCUGAAAAACCUCACUAUGGAUCCUCACAAAUUGCCAUCAUCAAGUGAACAGGUGAUUCUAGAUUUGAAAGGUUCUGAUUACAGCUGGUCAUAUCAAACUCCUCCAUCCUCUCCCAGUACCACCAUGUCCAGAAAAUCCAGUGUUUGCAGCAGUCUGAACAGCGUUAACAGUAGUGAUUCCCGGUCGAGUGGCUCACACUCUCACUCACCUAGCUCACACUAUCGCUAUCGCAGCUCCAAUCUGCCUCAGCAGGCGCCCAUGAGACUGUCCAGCGUGUCAUCCCACGAUUCUGGAUUCAUGUCCCAGGAUGCUUUCCAGUCCAAAUCGCCAUCCCCUAUGCCACCCGAAGCACCUAACCAGAAUUCGUCCAGCUCUGCCUCUUCAGAAGCUUCUGAAACCUGCCAGUCAGUGAGCGAGUGCAGUUCCCCCACCUCAGUCAGCUCAGGCUCCACCAUGGGGGCUUGGGCCUCCACAGAUAAGUUGUCUAAUGGGUUUUAUCACUGUAGUUUAUCAAGUGACCCAUACCUAGCUUCAGUAGGUGCAGGUCCUUUCCCUCAUUUCCCGCCUGUCUCCCGCACAUGGACUCGGGCUUCCUCAACCCUCCUUCCAGACCGCGGUCAUUAUUACACCAUUGGGCCAAGCAUGUUAUCAUCAUCUAAGAUCCCUAGCUGGAAGGAUUGGGCUAAACCAGGUCCGUAUGAUCAGCCUAUGGUGAACACCUUGCAACGCCGCAAAGAGAAACGUGAACCAGACCCUAAUGGAGGAGCCCCAAGUGGACCAUCUGUGCCCACUGAGGAGGCCCAGAGACCUCGGAGUAUGACUGUGUCAGCUACCACAAGGCCGGGAGAGGAGAUAGAAGCAUGCGAGGAGCUAGCUCUAGCUCUGACAAGAGGUCUGCAGCUGGACACCCAGAGAAGCAGCAGAGAUUCCUUGCAGUGCUCCAGUGGCUACAGCACUCAGACUACCACACCGUGCUGUUCGGAGGACACUAUCCCGUCACAAGUUUCAGAUUAUGAUUAUUUCUCUGUGAGUGCUGAUCAGGAGACAGAACAACAAGAAUUUGACAAAUCCUCAACCAUUCCAAGAAACAGUGACAUCAGCCAGUCCUACCGUAGAAUGUUUCAGGCCAAGCGUCCUGCUUCUACUGCAGGCCUGCCAACGACGCUUGGACCUGUAAUAGUUACACCCGGUGUUGCAACCAUCAGACGGACCCCUUCCACCAAACCUUCGGUCAGACGAGGUACCAUAGGGGGGGGCCCUAUUCCAAUCAAAACUCCAGUAAUUCCUGUCAAAACGCCAACUGUACCAGAUGUACUAGGGGGACUGCCAGGCAUCCUGGGUGGGGCAGAAGAAUGUGCUGAGCAGAGUCCUGAGUCUGAAUCAGCAGGCGACGGUGGGCAAGGAGUCACCAGUAUGCUCUCUUCCUUGUGGAGCGGGCAAGCAUCUGUCAACCCUCCACCACCAAGCCAGAAGCUGAAUACCCCAGAUGAGCAGAGACAAGCAGUCCCUGAAAGUGAGGGAGAAGAAAGCGAAAGGGAUAGCUCAAGCACCCUUGCACCCCCAUGCCAGCCAAAAUGUGACCCAGGAGACCUGAGCCCUGGAGAUGCCCCGCAAGGUGAAGACAUGCUGAACGCCAUUCGCCGUGGUGUCAAACUGAAGAAAACUACCACAAAUGAUCGCUCGGCACCUCGUAUUUUGUAG